GAAACCAUAUACCUAGCCUAUUCAAGAUGGAGAGGAAGUACUUCGGGUUUGCUUUGUUCUUCAUCAUCCUCUUAACUUCUCAAGAGAUGGUGAUUCAGAGUGAAGCAAGAGUCUGCGAAGUGCCAAGCAAGACCUUCAAGGGGAUGUGCUUCAGAGACACCCACUGCAUUGUGAGAUGCCACAGUGAGGGUUACGGUUACGGCAAAUGCUCUCAUGUCCUGCGACGGUGCAAAUGCUUGAAGGCUUGCUAGAAACCCUAGCUAUAUAGCCUAAAUAACGUAUACUCAAUAUGCAGCUUUGUACUAGCUAGCUAGAUAGCGAAUCUGUCUUGUUCAUUAUCCAUGAAAGAAGAUUGAUGUAUGUGAUCGAGCUACUAGCACUCUGUAACUCUGUUUGAUAUUAAGAAGUUAUAGACUAGAACGUCUUUUCUUUUCCCUAAACCCUAAUCACAAGACGUCGCUCAUUUUAUUUUUAUUUUUUAUUUCUGUGCUAGCUAUUGGCCGCUUUAUUUGUAUAUCAAUGUGUAUCAGAUUAAUUUAGUAUCUGGAGGUAAACUAGUAAAAUUAGUAUGAUCA